AUGGUGAUAGCACAGUAUCAUAUUCAUUUAUUUGAUGUAAAUUACGAUAUAUUAUACUUUGUUGGUAUUCAACCAUCAUUCGGAUGUAUUAUAUUAAAUGAAAACUUUAUUGAAUAUGCAUCAUAUUUCUUUUAUCCAGUUUUAGCUGGUUUAUUUCCAAUUCUAAUUGCUUCAUCACUUAGUUUAUUAGCUUAUAGAAAUGUUCGUCGUAUUAUUCGUCGGCAAAUUCCAAUUGUGAACGUCGUCGAUUUGAUAGACAAAUAA